CGCUGAGGUCCACCGGCGAUUUUUUAUCUUUGGUUUGUGUCUUCCUCCCUCACACAGGGAAAUGAUAAUAUCCAUUUGAACGGGUGUGCGAUCUGAUCCGACGACGCCGCGUUUGUCCGCAUGAGAUGAUGGAUCCCAUUUUUUCCAACACGUUAUAACUUCGAGCGUCAUGUUUUUCUUGGAGGGGCCGUACAAACGAAGAGGUCGGUAUUCAAAAGCACUGGCACCAAGCGACUACAGCACAGGCUUCAACUAUCGUCCGCCAAGACCACACACACGAUCAAUUCACCGAGAUUCCAGGGCCGACUCGGACCAGCGGAGGAAGCUGACGAGUCGGCCGUGCAGGGUCUCUCGAAGGGCAAGGAAACCGAAUCAAACCGAAUCAAAGUCAAAAUCACAAUCAAAUCAAAAUCACAAUCAAGUCAAAAUCACAAUCAAAUCAAAUAUACAAGGGCAAACACUGCACACACUCCUAUUUGAUGCGCACAGCCGGCUUGUUUCCAAAAAGACGAUCCUCCUGGAUAAGGGCAUCAAUCUCACGCAAAAAAUCCGAGAUGGCCAUGGUCGAUUCUUCGUUCGUGGUGCUGCUUCGAGCGGUCGAGGGGUUGCUCUUGAAGGAAUCUUGGCCAAGGCGAGGGGACGAGCGACGCUGGGGCGGAACGGGGGCUUCUUCGAUGAUGGAAAAGCGGUCGGCUUCGGGCGAGAUACCCAUGGUUUGCAGCCAGCCAUUGACCGUCUCGGCAGUGACGGCCUUGGGAAGACGGACGUGCAGUUCAUAGGCGCCGUUGGACUUGGCACGCGACUGCACCCGAAUGCUCUCAGGGUAGAAGCGGUGCAGCGUAGAGAGGACAUGAGCAACACGGUCCAAACGAUAGUAAUGAGCCCGGGCGGCACUCUUGAAUUCCUGAAUGGCCGUGGGCGACAAGGGGGCUGGUUGAGGGGAGGUGAUCGUGCCAAGCUUGGAUGCGGGAGAGUCAGAGAGGCUGAAGGACAGACCAACAGUCGGACGAAAAGCCGACCCUGCAAUCGGAGACGUGAAGGCUUUGGGCUUGACUCUGGACUCGGAAAGCUCUCGGACAUGGGUGGAGACCUCGGUCGUGUAUUGCUUCGGCUGAGGGAGGCCCCAAAAGGUGAGCGUGUAUCCAUGCUUGUGGCUUGGAGUGAGAGUCGAGAGGUUGGGUGAGACGCCGGCAGGAGCGAAAUUGCGGUGGUUGUCGUUCGGGGAGAACGGGCUGGUGAGCCAAACAUUGGUGUGCAGAGAAGAAGCAGGGACGAUCCGGGGUCCAAAGGCAGCCAGAGGACGCCGGAGGCCGUGGAUGGCGAGUGCAGACGCCCGGCCCAGGAUGGGCGGCGGGUGAAGUGGAGGCCUCGUCCACAGACGGAGGAACCUCCACGCCAGUGAUCGCAACGUCGACAUGGAGCUCUCUGCU